AUGGCCGGAAGCCACCGAUCCCUCAGCCGGGUCCAUCCCUUUCUCCUGCUUGCCCUAGUCUUUGGUGGUGCAGUUCAGGCCUCCCAGAUUGUGGGUGGGCACGAGGCUCAGCCCCAUUCUCGGCCUUACAUGGCGUCCCUGCAGCUGAGCAGGUCCCCUGGGAACCACUUCUGUGGUGGCACUCUGAUCCACCGGAGAUUCGUGCUGACUGCUGCCCACUGCCUGCAGGACAUCCCCUGGCAGCUUGUGACGGUGGUGCUGGGUGCGCACGACCUGCAAAGCCAGGAGCCUGAGCAGCAGAAAUUCACCAUCACGCAGAUCUUCCAGAACAACUACAACCCUGAGGAGAGCCUCAAUGACGUGUUGCUUAUUCAGCUGAACCGGCCAGCCUCCCUGGGCGAGAAGGUGGCCGUGGCCUCUCUGCCCCAGCAGGGCCAAUCGCUGUCCCAGGGCACCCAGUGCCUGGCCAUGGGCUGGGGCCGCCUGGGCACCCGCGCGCCCACGCCACGCGUGCUGCAGGAGCUGAACGUCACGGUGGUCACCUUCCUGUGCCGGGAACACAACGUGUGCACGCUGGUGCCACGGCGGGCAGCAGGCGUUUGCUUCGGAGACUCGGGUGGCCCCUUGAUCUGCGACGGCAUUCUCCAUGGAGUCGACUCUUUCGUGAUCCGAGAAUGCGCCUCCCUGCAGUUCCCCGAUUUCUUCGCCCGGGUGUCCACGUAUGUGGACUGGAUUCACACGGUGCUGCGGGGCGCUGCGCCCUGAGCUGCCAGACCCCGGCACUCCCUGCAAGCUCCGGCGGGAGCAUGUGCAGUGGGAGGUCCUUCCCGGGCUUUUCUCCUGCUGCACCGCCCACGCACCCCUGGAGUGGAGCCAGCUCUGUCCCCAUCCCACGCGGCCU